AUGGCUCCAACAGAUAAAACUGCCCGUGGGUCUACCUGUGGGUAUCACCGCAGCGAAUUUCGGCAGGUUUUCUCGGAAUUUAACUUGAAGUUUUCCAUUCCUCCACAAAAUGCGUCGGUAUCUCGGGUAUCUACAUCAAACGCACAUUCCCCGCACCCCUUUGCAAUCGAAUGCCCAGGAUGGCAAAGGCCAAAGGGUGAUGUAGGCAGACUUGUCCCAGCACUACCCGAUGCGUGGCGUUCCCUGGACGAGCAGCUGCUCUGCCAACCGAAGCCUUCUGGAAAAAAUACAAAUGCAAGCGGCGUUCCCCACCGCACUGUUCUUUUAGCUCGAUUGCCAAGAGCGCCGCCACACCGCGCUCAACUUCAGGAUCAAAAACGUAGGUCUACAAUCACAGUGGCAAGAAGCACAGUAUCUGCAGCAGGUGAUGCUCGCGGCGAGCAGGACACAGGAAACACAAAAAAUGAGCUUGUGAUUGAGACAUCCAGACACCCUUGCGCGAUGUCCUGUCAAGCCGCUCAUCCAUCUAUCCGUUAUCGGUUAGGAAGAGGGACCUUCCUUUUGUCGAAAAAUUUCCCGCAAUCAGUGCUUCGUUCUAGUUCUGACAACCCCAGCCGAUCAUAUCUACAGCGUAGUCCAAUGUGCGAGCGUUGGCUGAAAGGUAGCAAUGGAGUCCAAGGGCCCAAGCUUUCAGAAAUUCGCUCCCUGACAUAG